AUGUCACUUUUAAGGGUUUAUGUUUUCUUAUCACGAUACAGAAAAUCUGACAUACAGCUCAUCACUGAAAUGGUAAAUGGCCUUGGAGCUCAACUGGGUGCAUGGGAGAAGUUCGAAGGUACUGAUGCUGGAGUUGUGUCCUACUUCUAUACGGCUUUCUACAAAACGUUUGUUGACAGUGGAAUGAGAGAUCACGCUCUUAGCCUGGCCAAGAAAUAUCCAGGAUUCCGAUUUUGGAUGACUGGCUAUUCACUUGGUGGUUCGUUGGCAUCGAUGACAUCUGUAUAUUUGGCGAAAAAAGGACUUGUUAACAAAGACCUUCUCCGACUUCUCACAUUCGGUGAACCACGUACUGGAAAUGUCGCGUUCGCAAGGGAAGUUGAAGAGAACGUACCUUUCCGAUAUCGAGUUGUCAAGAAAAAUGAUUUCGUGGCAAGUAUUCCAAGGUCAGCUGAUCCGGCAGCCUCUCUAAUCACAGCAACGGCUUUUGAACGACAGCCUUUGUUCUAUCGGUUUCUUGUUCAUUACAACAACAACAUGAAGAAGGGAGAUAAAUUCAAGGUUUGCGAGCUUUCCGACGAUUUUGGCUGCCGCAACACUAAUGUCGCAUUCGACAUGAGCGAUCACCUCUCAUACUUCCACGUGGACGCUGACGAGUUCAUCACAGAAAGAUGCAAUCGUAAUCUCCUGUUUUGA